UGUGUCACACAAUCAGGGGAUAGCAUCACACAGAUGGGAGGGGUCCCUGUCCUGAAGGUAGUAGUAUAGAAAAGGGCCUGAUUUCAGAGUUUGACAAAAGGUAGACCAGAGAGGAGGGGGCUGUGGAAAUACUGUGAGCUCCAACAUCUCUCAGAUUAGAUACCUCUCCUGGAACUGAAUCCUGCCACUGAAAGAAUUCAGAUGAACUGAACUUCAUCCUUUGAAAAGGCUUUUGAUAUCAAUAUGAAGUUUAUCCUCUUCUGGGCUCUUUUGAACCUAUCUGUUGCUCUGGCCUAUGAUCCAGAUUACCAACAUGGCACUGCUCCCCCCUACCUGGUCUAUUUGAAAUCUGAUUACUUGCCCUGUGUUGGGGCUCUGGUCCACCCCCUUUGGGUGAUCACAGCUGCACAUUGCAACUUACCAAAACUUCGGGUGAUAUUAGGGAUUACAAAUCCAUCAAAUCCUGAUGAAAAGGAUGUACAAGUUGUUGGCUAUGAGAGGAUGAUCCAUCAUCCACGCUUCUCAGUUACUGCUAUUGAGAAUGACCUCAUGUUAAUCAAGCUGAGAGAAAAUAUUGAACUCAAUGACUAUGUGAAAGUGGUCAGUCUGCCUGAAGAACCUGUCCGUGAGGAAGCCAUGUGCAUGGUCUCCACGUGGGCCUACAAUCUAUGUGAUGACUCCAAGGAGCCCGACUCACCACAGAGCGUGAACAUAUCCGUAAUCUACAGGGAUGAGUGCCUCGAUGCCUAUAAAACCCAAAGGAUCCAAGAAAAUAUGCUGUGUCUGGGCAUUGUGCCAGGAAGGAGGCUGCCCUGCAAGGAAGUCACAGCCGCCCCAGCAGUCUGCAAUGGGGUACUUCAAGGAAUAUUGACUUUUUUAGAUGGAUGUGUUUUGAGAGCUGAUGUUGGAAUCUACACCAACAUCUUUAAAUACAUGUCCUGGAUUAGAAAUACAAUCAGAGACAACUGAGCUGCCAUGGCAGGAAUUCUAGAUCAUGUGACACAACCUGUGCCUAUGUCCAGCCUCACAAUUAAACCUAAAUAGAUGCCCUGGGUUGCAUCAGG